CCGCUCAACAGUCUCGUCCCAUUCAAUUAUCAAGCUUCCAGUCUUCUUUUUUGCAUCAUGCCGUCUCUACGCGCCAACCUCCUCCUCCUCAUCGCAGCGACCUCUGCUGCCGUGAACGGCGAGCGCCUAAAGGCCGUCUGGUCUGCUGGCGAUUUCUCAACUAUCUCGGGCCCCACUGGCAACGAGUCCGGGCAUUUCAAGCGCUUCGCGAUCUUCGACGAGGCCGGCAAAGCCAUUUAUAGCGAGCCAUACCCCGGCGACCAUUCGCCUUGUUACAACAAGGGCGAUGGCCGCGAGUUCACCAUCGAGGGGGACUGCUGGGAUAAGCCUCGCAAAUUCAAGUGCAAGUCGGACUUUGGAGCCCACCCUGAAUACUGCGAGGUCAAAGAUAGCAAUGGCAAGUCCCUCGGGACGGGCGAGGGAAAGACGGAUACGGAAUUCAUCGGUAUUUCUAUCGGCAUGUCGGGUGCCUGUGUCGUCGAAUUCGAUGCCAAAAGCCACAAUUGUCCUGAGGAUGAUGGCAACGGGCCUCUGCAUGUUACUUCCGGUUGAACGGCCUUCCACUAUUGCUUGCGAGACUGCCC